AUGGAUGAUCUCUCUGUAGCACUGGUCAAAACUGCAGUUGAGAAAAAUGCCCAGACCAAGUGGACAAGGGGAAAUAACUCAGAGGUGGAAGGAGAGACAGACACACAGAUAGACUCACAUAAUUGCGUUGGCAACCCAGUGGGCAUCAACCAAAAUGAGGAUAUUUUAUUGACACCGAAUGAACGACAGGAUGAUGAUUUAGAGAAGGAACGAAACGGAGAAAGCAAAACUAAUAAACUAAUUUUUAACAAAAUAAAUAAUCAGAAUAGUUGCCAAAAGUUUGAUCAGGAAAACGUGACAGAAAUGAACAAGUAUGAAUAUGCAUACGAAAGGGAGGAUGUUUUCUCAUGCGAAGAUGCGUUUGGCGAAUCGGUGGAGAGCAAUAAUUUGAGCUCCUAUGACGAGGAGGAAAGAGAACAGAUCGACCCAUUGAUCGGAUACGAUAAUGGACACACUUCUAACAACAACAGAGGUAGUGAGCGACAGAACUGUCAAGUGAUUGUAAGGAUAAAGCCAAGAAUUAGAACGAACAGACUGGACAAAGUGAGCAAGCCGAACGAAAAUGAAACAACUGGGAGAGGGGGAAAUUAUGAAGAUGCGAAAAAUAUUAAAUAUAAAAAAAAUUGUCUCUACGUACAUAAUCAGAAUUUUUCAUUUGACAAAAUAUUUUCUGAAGAAACGAAACAGAUAGAAGUUUACUCAUACCUGUCCGAUAACUUUUUAAAUAAUUUGUUUGAAGGUUAUAACUGUACCAUUUUUGCCUAUGGACAGACGGGGUCAGGAAAAACAUUUACCAUGGGAUUUGACUACAUGAACGAAUUUUCCCAAAAUGUUGGUAUUUUGCCUCGAUUUUUAAACGAUAUGUUUAACAUAAUUGAGAGGAAAAAAAAGAAAAUCGAUUUUGAUGUGUCAUGUACGUAUAUCGAAAUUUAUAAUGAAGAAAUUAUCGAUUUGAUAGAUUUUAAGGAAGAAGAUUAUCAUGAAAAAAUCAACCAUAUUAACAAAAAGGAAAUAAUCCUAAUGGGUAUUAAAAAUGAAAAAGUACAAAAGGUUCAAGAUGUAUUCACCAUCCUACAUAAGGGGAAUUUAUUUAGGACCACAGAGAGAACCUUCAUGAAUGAUAAAUCUAGUAGGUCUCACGCAAUCUUCACCGUUAACCUGAUUCAGAGAAAAAAGCAAGAGGCAGAAAAUGAGAAAAAAAAAGGGAGCACCCUCGAGGGAAAUCCAAACUGCAGGAGCGAACAGUGUGCAGUAAACGAAUUAGGAGAAGAGCAAAAAAGACGCAGCUUAAACGGUAGUGAUGAUGUAGAGGAAGAGGGAGCUACCAACAAGGAGGAUGCACACACGAAUGCUGACGAAGGGAAGAAAGAUCUUGAUUUUGCAAACGAGUGUAAUAAUAACGCGAAUGGGCUGGAACACACAAACAAGUCAGAUGUAAUAUGCUCGAAAUUUCAUUUUGUCGAUUUGGCUGGGAGUGAAAGAGCAAAAAGAACUGAAACGAAGGGACACAGGUUGAAAGAAGCAAUCAGCAUCAACUACGGACUUCUAUCUCUAAGCAACGUUAUUUACAGCUUGUCUAGUAAUAAAAAGAGUCAACACAUUCCCUACAGGAAUUCCAAGCUAACCAGAAUACUUCAAGAUUCCCUUGGAGGAAACAGCAAAACAGUUAUGAUUGCAUGCAUCAGUAUUGACCCUGUAGACUUUUACGAAUCAUUAAGCACCAUCAAAUAUGCCGCAAGGACUAAGAAGAUUAAAAACACCCCAGUCAUCAACUAUGACAUUAACAGCGUAGUUAUUAACGAUUUGAGGAAGCAGCUAUUCAACCUAAAUCUAGAGUUGAAAAAAUACAAAAUUGAAUGCAAAGAUAAGUCGUCUGAGGUGGAUUUUACUAGGGUUAAGGAAUUAACUAGCCAAAAUAAACUAUUACUGCAAAAAGUGAAAGGCUUAAAAGUGAAGAGAAAGAAGUUGAUUUGUUUGAUAUUUUACUAUAUGAGCUUGUUAAAGAGGACCAACUAUGCACCCACGGAUGGUUCGUUUCGCUCUAACGUGGUUGAAAGUGUUAGAAGUCGCUCUGUAAGUCUGCUCAAUCAAAAUGGGUGCAUCACCCAGGGGGGGGAAACAUGCACAGGGGGAGAGCUUCCCUGCACGAAUCAGCCAUUGGUUGAAGGAGAUGCGAAUGCCACCGUGCAUAGUGGCGAUAGAGAUGGAGAUAACUCUAACCACAUCUCUUCUGCCUCAAUUUGCAAAAAGGGGACUGUCGUGCCAGACAUCCCUCCCAGUAGUGGUGCUCUCACCAGGCCCCAUUUCACCAUGAGCGUGGAUUCCUUUUUUCAAAAAAGGGAUAACAUGGAUAAGGAAAACGCUGCAAAUAUGAACAGCAAACUGUCCGAACCAGCCAUGUUAAUCCAUGAUGGCCAUUGCUCAAGUGGCAUGGUAACCCUCACAAUGAAAGGAACCCCCAUGGGAGAUGCAAAAUCGUGUCAUUCCUGCGGCUUGAAACAGAAUAGUAACGAACACCUAGUCGAGAAGAACAGCAAAAAGGAACACGACAUGAACGUUGUAGUAAGUAGCGGUUCACACGAAAUGGACACGGGUGAAACCUGCCACUGCGUUGAGAGGAUCUCCCUGCAUAGGAGGGGUGAUCAGACGGUAGACAUGAACAGAGAAACGCAUGAUAACCGCAGCAAUUUUCAAGAAAGUGUGAUGUGGUGGUCAGAAAACGCCAUUGAGGGGGACGUUCUGACUAGUAUGCCAAAAGAUCCCUCCGGGGAACUGUCACCAAAUGUGAUGGAACCUCCAAAGAAAGAUGCACCAAACGGGGACACCCUCAAUGAAAACCACAGACUAUGUACCACGUGCCAGAAAAAAAAUAUGGUCGAUGAUAAGGAAGAUGCUUGCGACUCCGAUUUCAACACGCUAGAGAAAAAAUACCUGUUUGUGAAUUUAGAAGAAGAUAAAAGGUGCGUAGAAAACAUGUUCAGGCAAUUUGAGCUGAACCGAUAUAAUGAGAAGAAGCUGAGAGACCUAAACAAAAAGUACAAUUCAAUUUUUGAAAAAAAUAAAGCAUACGAAAAAAAAAUUGACGAACUGAAGAAAAUGGUGAAGAAGAUGAAAAAGUGUGCAAAACUCAGCUCGGAGAGCAGGUACGACGGGAAGAAGAAAAAAAAUAAAAAAACGCAAAAAGGUGGUAGAAGUGGGAGAAGCGGAAGAAGUGCAAGAAGUGGUCGGGAUGUCGGAGGGGGUGCAAAGGUGGGGCCCCCCAAACGACAAUACCACCCAGAUGGAACGAAAAAUCUGCUCCAGAGUCCGACGAACGAUGAGACUUUCUAUAAACCUAACCGCGACCACUUUAGCGAUGUAGAAUUCGAGAGAAAAAUGAAAAGCAAAAUGUUAAAGCAUUUUGCAAGAAAAAAGAACCUCACGGAUACAGAAGUCAGUGCGAAGGGGGGUAACUCAUUUUGUGCUUAUGGGACAAGCGGGUGUCAUGAACACACACGGCUAAUGGAUCUGCUUCACCAAAAUUUGAAUUGUCACAAAAAGGAGAACAACCUUUUUGACAACCCUAAGUUGAACGGCUUCUUGGUAAGCGCAGAAAAACACAAAAAAGGAAUGAACAAAAAAGUAAGAAGAAGAAGAGGAAGAAGAAGAAGAAUUAUACUUUCUGAGAAUAAUGACAGUGCGUCCUCAAAUUUUAUAUACUCAAGUAACAACGUUGAUUUGGGUCUAUCUGAGGACACUGCUGAAGCUGGUGAGUUCCCCAUGGGAAGUAACGGCAUAAGGGGGGAGCCCAUAAAUGGGGAAAAAAUAACACCCCGAGAUGUGCCAGAUAAACGAAAAAAAAAGAAAGUCCAAACGGAAGUAACGGAGGAAGGGGUGGAGAUUUCACACCCGUAUGACCAUUUUCCAGGAAGUGGCAAAAUGGAUAGCCUCCAUUUUGUGAAUUACACAAGGGGAGAGAUAAAACCAAAAUGGCACACCAGCGAUGAGGAGAUGGACGACGAGGAGGACACAAGCGAGAGCAGCCACUCCAGCAGCGCUAAUAGUAGCUAUGCCAGCGAUGAAGAAAGUUGCCACAGCAGCGGUAAUGUGUCCCCCAAGUUUCUAAAAAAUAAACUAAACAAGCUACAAAAAAUUAUCAAAGAAGACAUAUGCAAAAUUAAAAAAGUGAACAGGGAGAAAGAAGAAUACAACGCGAAAAAUGAAUUCCUCACGAACAGUAUAAUGAGUCUGAAAAAAAAACUACAUUAUUUACAAGUCAACAGUCAGAAUAACAAGAAUUGCAAGAAGAUAGAAAACAUGAAGGGAGAAAUCCAAAGAAUAACAAAUGAAAAGCAGAAGAUUCAAAAAAAAUUAAACGACAAUGAGCAACAAAUUAAACAUUUAAAGGUAGACAUUUUGAAAAUGAAAAAUAAUUUUUUAAAAACCAGUACUCUCUUGAAGGAAGAACAGAGAAAGCAUACCAACAUUAUUCGCAAAAAAGAAAAUAUAAUUACAAAGUUGCAUGAACGAGAAGAACAUUACAUCAAUAAACUUAAAAAAAAGGAAGAAAUAAGUAAGCAGGCAUAUUCAAAAUUGCUCAAAAGGAAUCAAGAACUAAAUGAGGAAUUAAAAAAGUUAAAAAAAAAAGGGCCAAGUAGCAAUGCCAAACGGGGUGACAGAAAAAAGGGACAAAAAAAUCACCCAACUCAGGGUAUCAUCCAUGGCAACAAAUUUGACGGUGUCUCCACACGGGUUAAAAAAAUCACGUCGGACGGGGUGCGCAUCUCCAAUUCGUUACGUGAUGACGAUGUGCACCAUUAUGAUGACCCCGAUGAUGGUAACAGCGGUGGUGGUGACCAGCACAGGGAGGAUGCCACGUCUCUCCAGAAUGACGAUUUUAACGUCUCGCCUCUGAGUACCAUCCUCUCCGAUGGGGUUAAAUCGGCCUACCUAAACUCGAGUCCCUCUGUGUGUAACCCAGAAAACAAGCUUUUUUCUCCCCACUCCUUUUAUAAAUUCAGUAAGAGCGAGUACGAAUUUCAGAACAGCUUCAAAAAUGAUGUGAAAAUUAAAAGCUACUUGAGGGAGUUUUUGAAAAAGAAAAAAAAACUCAGCUCCCUUAAGGCAAAGUUGGACAAGGAAAAAAGUAUGAACAGACAGGUUAGGAAAAUACUGCAGGCCCUAUAUGUGAAGAAGAAAAAUGAAGAUGAAGAAGGGAAUCAUGGGGAGGACGGCUUCCCCGGGAGAAGCCCAACCGUAGGGACAGAAGAAAGAUUCGCUCAAACAAGUUGCACUGUUAAUGCUGGUAAAGACCGAGAGAGUAGUUCCGGACAACCCAUGGUAGAGCAACCACUUCGGAACAGAGUGACCACUGUUGAAAUGGAAGAGGACGAGCAAAACCUACGCGACGAUCGAAGCGAGAGUAAGGAAGGCAUACUUGUUAAUGAAAAUUUCAUCCCUGUGGAGAACAAAGACGAGGGAGAAAAUUCGCCAAUUUUAUUACGCGAUGAAAAAAUGGACGAAGAAGUAGUAUAUUACGAAAACAAGUUGAAAGAAUCUAAUGAAUUUUUAAAAAAACUGAAAAGGGACAUUGUCACGAAGAAGGAAGAAUUCAUUUUACAAAAAGUGGUGAAGCAUUUGCUAAAAAAAUUAUAUUUCAAUUUUAACAAAAGGAAAGAAAGUGAAAGAAAAAUAAAAUCCUUAAAAAAAUUUAUUUAUUCAGAAAAUUUGUUUAUAUCCAAAAUUUACAACAACUUUUUUUACCUUACAAAUGUGGUAAACAAUUCAACAUUGCCGAUUGGUGGCCACCCCUAUUUGAAUAACCAUCCAAUGGUCCCAUUUUAUUCGAACCAGAUAAAUGAUACACGUGAGGGUCACUUCAAUGGAGGGUUGCAUUUGACUUGUACAGAGAGGCACAUAAAGAAUAACCAUGCGGGGUUAAGUGCCCUUUUACCGUUGUAUAAAUUUGACCAAGCUAAGGGGGUCCUUCCACGAAAUGGCGUACCGAGUGACCUGCUGGGCGGCAGAAGGAGAAAUACCUUCAGCAUUUUGAUGGGUAUCACCCCCACUGCUGAGAUGAACAAGAACAACACAAAUUUGAAAAAGAGGAGCUAUAAAAGUAGGCUAAUCGAAAAUUUGCACCUCAACCAUUUUAACAAAAGGAGAGUUGUUCUAUCCAGAAGUAACAACUUUGUCGAAAAUGACAGAAAUGACGAAAAUGGCGAAAAUGACAAUUUUGAAACAAAAUGGGGGAAGAGAUAUUCGGACGGAUACUCUUUAAACAGAAUGCGUGACACACACGAGGGGUUUGGACUUGAGGUUAAGCUUAAUGGAGGGGUGCCCACUGAACAGAUGCUACAGGACCUCCCCAAAAGGUAUGAACAAAUAAAUUGGUUGCCAAAUGAAGGGGCAACGAAUGUCAACCUGAAUGCGCUCAACCUUUUGCAUGAUAACAAUAUUUUUGGCAAAAGCGAAAAGGGAAACUUCAUUCGUACAGUGCAUGAUGACAACGGAGGGAGAGAAGGCCAAGCGGUAGACGCGGUAGAUGCGAUAGACGCGGCGGACGGGGAAGAAUGCUCCCUUGAGCAGACACAUUAUCAUGCACUUCCAAAUUUAAGAAUGAAAAGAAAGACCAUAGAUAAUUGUUACAUUUACUCGAAUAAACAGAAUGGCGAUAAUUUCCUCGACUACUACCAGGACGUCUUUUCACGGGGGCAUUACGACGCGAACGGCGCUAAGGGGGAGGAAGAAAAAACACAGAGGGGCGUUACCAUUUCGGACCCAAGCCAACGUUUAUUAUGCGGCAAAUCUGAAGGAGAGUCCUACAAAGGAGCGGAGGCACCAGAGAGGGAACCAUCUUUGUGCAAUAGAAAAUGUGAUAAGAAGCAGUCCUCUCCAGUCGAUUCGUGCAUACACCCCCCCACCGUAAAUACAGCCAUUAGUAGUGACACUUUCCCAAAAGGAAGAAGUGAAUUCGUAUCGUCGAAGCGAUUAGAAAGACGCGUUCCACAAGAGGGUUGCAACAUUCGGGGAAAAAAAAGAGACCAUAUUUCCUAUAUGAUGAAAAAGGGCAGCCAAGAAUUAAACUGUGCAUUGACAAGCGUGCACAUUGAUGGGGAGGAUUGCCUAGGAAGGGACAAGGCGAAAAAGGAGGAUGGUACGAUUGGCGGAAAGUACGACAAUAGAGAUUGCUCGGUAGGCACUGGCACCGGCAUGCACAGCAGCCCAUGUGGCAUCCCCAUCACGGUAGAAAGCAAGGCGAAUUUGUUGCCCCCGUGGGGUCGGACCGAUCAACAUUGGGGAAAGAACAGAUUGGACUUCAAUUUGACCCCAAGAGAGAUAAGCGGCAAUGGAACCCGCAACGAGGAUGACAGCCGAGACCCCAUCGAGGGUGAACUCAAAGAGGAAGUAACAGAGGUGAGCAAAAAGGGGGGCAAAAUGGUGAGCAGAACGGUGCGGACAUUCAACGUCGCCAGUGCAGAUGGAGUGAAGAAAAGGCAGCCAAAAGUUUGUUCCAUCAAGUCGAAGAGCGCCGACGGUAAUAGCAGAAUUGUUGGUGGCGUCUUGAAUGUCAAACGUGCUUGCAAAGAAAAGGAAAACAAAUCGAAUGACGCCUCUAUGGAUGGGACAAACAUGACGAAGGAGGCGAAAAUCACGAGUGUAGAGGAAAACGGUUUAGAAGGGCACCAAACUGCGAAGAACAUGGAGAUGCGGAAUAGCAACUCGGAGGAGGAAUCUCAGAUGCGAAGAAAAAACGCCUCAAUAGAUGCCGAAACGAAGUUGGUGAAGAAGGCGAAUAUAAACAAAUUGUCAGCGAACCAGACGAAUGGACCACUCCACCACACUGUGUUAGUGCAGAAGGAGGACAAUACCUCGCAUAAGACUCAAGGGACAAAGCUCCAAAUGGACCCCGAUUCAAUUGCCGAGUGGAACAGCAGUUGCAAUAGGAAUGAAAUCAACUGCGGGAGCUACGGUAAGCCAAACGAAGGGGGGGAGGCAACCCAAAGUAACAACCUACAGUACGGAAUCAACAGGGAAGAUUUUAAAAAGAUAGAAAAAAUACACGAGGAGAGUAUCAACAUCUUCAAAAAUAAAAUGAACGAUAUAGGAAUGAACAACGAAUCGUUCGGUAGCAUCCACAUGAUGGAAAAAAAAAUGAAGGGAAAUUUUGUCAACGGUGGGAACUACGAUGCGGAUAAUAAUAUGGGAGAAGAGUUCCCAUUUAACAAGGGGAUUACACAGAAAAAGUACAAAACUUUAUGCAUGAAAAAUUGCCAUAAAUAUGGGGUUAGUGGAUUAUGUGUUAAAGGAUCAAAUAGUAAAGGUCUUGCCAUUUUUAGUAGCUCAAUAAAUAAUAUAAAGCUAUGGGAUGGUAAAAAAGCUGUGUGGAAUUAUGACCAUGUGAAUUUAAAAAAUGAAAAGAGCACAUUUAUAAACAGCCUUAUUGUGUCUUUUCAAAAGAAUUGCUUUUUUGCUGGCAUCAACAGUUAUGUACACCUAUUUGAUAUUAGAACAAAUCCUGUAUCUUUACAGAAAUAUUACUAUAGUGACAAAAAUGAUGGUAGCUUGUUAAUUUCUCUUCUAAAUGAUAAGUCAGAUUAUGUACCUUUUUUGUUACAAAAUGGGGGCAUCUCCACUUUUAGCGGCGCACGGGAAGGUGGGGAUUAUACUUACGAAGGCGUGAACAAUCUGAUGGAGCGGAGCGCAGGUGAAGAUGUGAUUGGGCAUGUUCCAUGGGAUACCUCCCUUAAGCACCUACCCUCCAAGGAAUGGAUAGACGAAAACGCUGGUAAUGCUACCCACGAAACUUGCAGCAAAAACGUUGCCAGCGAGACCUACGAAAAUUGCAACCAACGGGGCAAUCAAACAAGCAGCCUUUGCUAUAGCAAAGCAGACGCAGCUGAAGAAGAAGGAAUGGACAAAUUAAAACCUAUAAGAGAUGCCGAGAAUUUCCAAUCCGAGUAUUGCAUAUGUGCCUGCGGAAAUGAAAACUUUAUUAAAGUUUUUGACAUACGAAAAAAUGACGACAAUAUGUGGCUAGCCAAAAUACCAAUAACAAAUAAAAUCGAAUACAUAACACAAAUUCCGAUGAAAAAAAAUGGAAAGAAUAUUACAAAGGAUUCGAAUAUAUUAAAAAAUAUAAUAAUAGCAAGCAGAGAUAAGACAGUCAAAAUAUGGAAGAAAGGAUGGGUGUCUUUUUAUCCUCCCUCAUACGAUUGGUGCACUUCUCUCUCCAAUUUUAGCCUUUCUGAUUUGAUGAAAAAUAAAGGUACCCAAAACCUGCAGGAGGAGUCAGCCGAAUAUGCAAAUAAUUUGUUCAAUUAUGAUUCGUUAAUCGUGUCAGGAAGUAGAGAUUCUCACCUGCGCUUUUGGCUCUACGCGACGGACAGCACAACGAAUGAGUUUAACCGGUUCAUGAAAAUUGUUAAAAAUGCCCACAUGGUCGACAUAACGAGUAUAGCCAAAUAUCAAACCAGUGGCCUGGUUACGACGGACAGGUACGAGCUCAGUUAG